ACUUGCGCAAUUAAUAAUUGCACAAUUGUAGUUCCUGGAUUAUUGCUGAUGUAGUACAUGUACCAGUAAUAGUUUCAAUCUUUAUUGCCCUCGUGAUGACAGCAAUUCUAAAGAAUAAAUUCAUAACUGCUGCCGUGCUGGUUGGUGCCGGGGGUGCUGGGCUUGCAGGUGGCAUGCUCUUCUUCGCAAAAUAUCGCAUCAACAAUAAGACAUGCUAUACGCAAAGCCUGCAGCUAGUUCAGGACCAUCCCAGCGGCCGCAAAUACAUUGGAAACAAGAUCAAGGGCGGCGGAGUCGACUGGGAUAACCGUGUCCUGAUAAAUGCGGAAUACAACCAGCUGCACUUCCGCGUCAUGGGCGACAACGGCAGAGGUGUUGUCUUCGCCAAGGCACAGCAUUCUGAUCCGGGAAAUGGCGAGUGGAACGUCGAGUCCGUGGCGCUGGAGGUUAUCGAGACUACGAAUGGAGAACCAUGUAUUGUGCCAAUUUUCCCAUCGAAGGACUCGGUCGCUUCCAAACUGACAAGUAGUGUGAAGAAAGGGUCGAGUACUGUCGCAGAUGUAUUGACAGCAUCACCCAGCAAGCUUCGUGGGGAGGCAGCGGAGCAUUUGACUACCCACUUGGUACAGUCGAAGUCCACCACUGAUGGUAAGCUUGAGUUACGGACGGGUGGUACCCCUGCGUUGUAUGUACGUACAACGCAAGGAGGCAGUGAUGCUGUGUCUGUAAGGCAGAUGCAGAGGAGGUCGGCAGAAAUCCGACAGGCGAAAGAUUUAGUCUGUGGGGGCACUGCUGGUGUCGGUAAGCAAGAUGCCUAUGAGCUACGUAGUAUGAGUCAGAUAGAUCGUGAAAAGUUCCUUAAAUCUGCUGGUGUGUCUCCUUGUGCACCUUCAUCUCAUUCUGGCCUUGCUUUAAAAGCAGAUCUGCACAUGCCUUGGAACCAGCUGAGGAAACUGCGGAGGUGGCUCAAGUCCUUUGGGUGUGAGAUUGAGUCAGAGAAUACCAUGCGGCAACAGCUUGCGGAAGAGGUACCUGCAUUUUAUGCUUCCGAAAUGUGCCCGUUCACUCUUCCGAGUAGUGAUGUAGUUUCGUCACCAAUGGUUGUGGCAUGCAACCUCACAGAGAUUGUCCUUGUCUUCUUGGACCAGUACGAGGAGGCUGGCAUGCUUACUGACCAUGGUAUUAUCCCGCAGGAUGAUAUUUGGGUGAAGUUGGGGGGAGAUCAUGGGGGCAGGUCUUUCAAAUUAUCCUUCCAAAUUUGCAACAGAGUCACCCAAAUGCUGUGAAGAACACCAUCCCUAUCCUUGUGUUCAAUGCAAAAGAUACCCCGGGCAACCUUUCCACUGCUUUUGCGUCACUUGUGCAACACAUUGACAGCCUUGCUGCAACCACGUGCCAGAACAAGUCGUUUCGCCUUAUUUUGUUUGGCGACUACGAGUUUCAAACGACUGUUUAUGGCCUGUCAGGAUCUGCAGGAGUGCAUCCGUGUCUGCACUGCUUGAGUACAAAGCAACAGAUUCAACAGUGCCCCGCUGAUUGGGAGCAGCAGCCAGAGCCACGCACGCUCGACACACUCUCACUUCACCAUGGCCAAUUUAUGGCUGAUGGCGGGCGCUUAUCUAAAGCAAAGCAUUUCUACAAUGCCAUACGUCCUGCCAUGCUCUCUGUGCCUAUUGAUCAUGUGUGCCUGCCAGCCCUAUCAUCUUGAUCUCGGAAUCCAUUUAUGGGUCUUUGACCCCUUUGUCAAGGAGUGUAGACACAUUGAUUUGAAAAUGGCAUGCGAGGUAGAGGUGAGUGAGGCAGAUUCAGCUGCCUU